AUGCACCUCUUCGCUUUCCAGGCCCUACGACUUGCAUCCUCUAGCACCGGCUAUCAGCCACUACCAAUCGACCCGACAUGGAGCGAAAUGGCCAAAAAAGCUAUGAAGGGAAAAGAUCCAAACUCAUUGAUUUGGCACACUCCCGAAGGUAUACCCAUCAAGCCGUUGUAUCUCAAGGAGGAUCGAAAAUGCGAUCAGAGCAAGCCGGAUGAACUACCAGGAAAGUACCCAUUCACCCGUGGGCCCUAUCCUACAAUGUACACACAGCGACCGUGGACAAUUCGACAAUACGCCGGAUUUUCGACUGUAGAGGAGUCUAACGCAUUCUACAAAGAGAACAUUAAAGCCGGUCAACAGGGACUCUCAGUUGCCUUUGAUCUGGCAACCCACAGAGGUUACGAUUCCGACAAUCCACGUGUAUACGGUGACGUUGGUAUGGCUGGUGUAGCUGUUGAUUCCGUAGAAGACAUGAAACAACUUUUCGACGGUAUUGACCUCUCGAAAAUGAGCGUUUCUAUGACCAUGAAUGGUGCUGUGAUUCCCGUCCUUGCUAUGUACAUCGUCGCUGCUGAAGAAGCUGGUGUUGAUCGCAAACAGUUGGCUGGAACCAUUCAAAAUGACAUCUUGAAGGAAUUCAUGGUCCGAAACACCUACAUCUAUCCACCAGAGCCUUCUAUGCGUAUUAUUGGUAGGUGUUCCAUUCAAUUAGGAGACGAGAUGAGUGAAAUGAGAAUUUAUUUGUAUUUAGGAGAUAUUUUUGCCUACGCUAGCAAAGAAAUGCCCAAAUGGAAC